GGAUUCCUCACUUGCACUGACAUCUCUUUGGGCCUCAUAUUUUAAAGUGAAAAAUGAAAAGCUAUAAAAAAAAAAAUCAACAGUAUGAAGCAAUUUCAUUUUUCAUGAAAUCAUCAUGGAACCAACCUCAUCUGGCUAUGAAACAGCUUGUUACCUAAUUGUCCCAUUACCUGUGAGCUUCUGCAAAUGAGAGACAAGAGUGCAGACAUGUUUGCUGCUGGUAAUCUGCGACCUGAAGAUCAGUUUCUGUGCUCCAUCUGCCUGGAUGUGUUCACUGAUCCAGUCACCACACCAUGUGGACAUAACUUCUGCAAAAACUGCAUCACCCGGAACUGGGACAUUAAUGUUAGGUGCAAGUGUCCCCUGUGUAACAAACUGUUCAAGAGACGACCUGAACUGGAAAUAAACCAUUUGUUCUCUGAGGUGGUUGCUCAGUUCAGAGAUGAAGCUCAACAGAAUGCAAGCAGCAGCUCAGAGCAACAAGCUGCCAAACCAGGAGAAGUUCCCUGUGAUUACUGCACUGGAACCAGACUGAGGGCCCUGAAGUCCUGCCUGGUGUGUCUGACCUCCUACUGUGAGACUCACCUAGAACCUCAUCUGACAAUCAAAGGUCUGAAAAGACAUCAGCUGAUUGAGCCUGUGGAGAACCUGGAAGGCAGGAUGUGUACGAAACAUGAUAAACAUCUGGAGCUGUUCUGUAAGACCGAUCAGACAUGUGUCUGCACGCUCUGCUCUGUUUUAGACCACAAGACUCAUGAGUUUGUUCCUCUGAGAGAAGAAUCUGAAGAAAAGAAGGCAGAGCUGAGGAAGAUAGAUGAUGAAAUUCAGGAAAUGAUCGAGAACAGACGACAGAAGAUUCAGGAGAUCAAUGAGUCAGUGAAGAUGAGUAAAGAUGCUGCAGACAAAGAGAAAACAGAAGGUGUUCAGAUCUUCACUAAUCUGAAGGAGUCUAUUGAGAAAGGCCUGAAGAAGGUCAUAAAGGAGAUAGAAGACAAACAGGAAACAACAGAGAAACAGGCUGAAGAUCUCUGCAAAGAGCUGGAACAGGAAAUCUCCGAGUUGAAGAAGAGGAGCUCUGACCUGAAGCAGGCCUCACGCUCUGAAGACCACCUCCACUUUGUUCAAAGCUUCUCAUCUCUGAAAGCUGUUCCACCUACCAAGGACUGGACAGAGGUCAUCGUCCUUCCACCAACAUAUGAGGGGACUGUGAUGAGAGCUGUGGCUCAGCUGGAGGAGACACUCAAAAAACAUUUUAAGAAGCUGCUUGCUAAGGCUGAGCUAAUGAGGGUCCAGCAGUAUGCUGUGGAUGUGAGUCUUGAUCCUGAUACAGCACAUCCUGAGCUCAUCUUGUCUGAUGAUGGAAAACAAGUGAAUUUUGGUUAUGUGAAUCAGAGUCUUUCAGACAACCCAAAGAGAUUCACAGUUUUUGCAAAUGUUUUAGGAAGGCAGAGUUUCUCUUCAGGCAGAUUUUACUUUGAGGUUCAGGUUAAAGGAAAGACUGAUUGGAUUUUAGGAGUGGCCAGAGAGUCAGUGAACAGGAAGGGAGGAAACUCAGUAAAGCCUCAGGAUGGUUUCUGGGCUCUAUGGCUGAGGAACAACAACGAGUACACAGCAUGUACUGGCCCAGCAGCCGUUCUCUCUCUUCAGUCUGCUCCUGAUAAAGUAGGAGUGUUUGUGGAUUAUGAGGAGCGUCUGGUCUCCUUUUAUGAUGUGUAUGCAGCAGCUUUUAUCUACUCCUUUACUGGCUGCUCCUUCACUGAGAAACUUUACCCAUGUUUCAAUCCCUGUAAUAAUGAUAAUGGUAAAAACUCUGCACCUCUUGUGAUCACUCCUAUCAAUCGCAUUAACUAGUCUAGAAAAGUUAUUACAUUUUAUUUGAAAGCGGUCUGUGAAAAGAUUGCAAUGCUGUUUUAUUGUUCUCUUUUACAACAUGUUUCUCAAUGCUGAAUUUUCAUCAUUUCACACUCCCCCACAAUUACAUUUUUCUCCCUUUAAGAGGGAAAACAGGACGUCUAGUCUAGUGUCAUUUAAACCAAAGGAGCAAAAACAUUUAGGAAAUGUUCUUGUAGAGAAAA